UGACUGCAUGGUACCACUUGUUCCUUCGAAGCGAUCAUGGAUACCAUUAAGAUUAUCGUGGUGCUCACCACACUCUGCAUUGGGACAGCUAUGUCUUUACAAUGCUAUACGUGUACGGGCCAGACCUCAAAUGCCAACUGUAUUACCACAACCACUAACUGCACCACUGGUCAGACGUACUGCAUGACAACGUCCGCCUCAGCUGGAGUUGGUAAGAUCCUAAACACCUAUCUUUACAGAAAAGCUUGCACUCCAUUUCAAAUCCUGCCGUUUUGUGGCAUAUCAUUUGCUUCAAUCACUAAGACGUGUGCGGCGGGCUGUACGGCUGUGAGUGCUGGGUCCUCCUCCUUGGUCUCCGGUUCUGUUUCUUGCUGCAACACUGACCUGUGCAACACAAGUGGCGCCACCAGCAUUAAAUCUGGAGUCACCAUCCUGGCUGUGACCGCCGGACUAAUCUUAGCCCUGCUGAAGAAUUCUCUGUGAAUGUUAAAUGGUUCAUAAACUGUAACCAAACAUGUGAAACUUCAUUAAACAAAUUGUAACAUAAAA